CCGUAGUCGUGUGGCAGGGUUAGCGAAAGUUAUAUCUAUCCUAUGCUUGUUAAAUACGAUGAGUACAUAUUAACGGAUUAAAGAAACUUAAAAGAAAAGAAAAAUGUCUCAGAGUGGCAUUCGAAUAGAGGAUUUCGUGGACAACUUAAAUGAAGAUGAAGCUGAAAGAGAAAGUCUUCUUGCCAAACCCACCUGCUUCAUCAUAGUAGGACGGCCUGGUGUGGGGAAAUCUACAUUGGCCAAAAAAAUUGCAGAUUCCUGGAAGUGUAUCCUGAUUGAUGAUACUGAUCUGCUCAACACACACAUAAGAAAUAAAACUAAGGAAGGCUUAGAGCUCCUCGACAUCUUAUCUCAAGGGAGAAGUAUUCCAGAAGAUGUAGUGCUGCAGCUGAUUCUUGCCAAGCUUAAUUCACCUGAUGUUGAGCACUAUGGGUAUGUGUUGAGCUGCCUGCCGUUAAUAUCGGAGGACUCGCAGAAGAUACAAGAGCAUAUUAAAAUGAUCAAAAACCUCAAGCUGAUACCAGAUUUCAUCAUCAAUAUCAAGUGUGGGGACAAGGACCUGGUCCAAAGGCUGUCAGGUCUAAAGCAGCACCCAGUGACAGGUCAUUUCUACAGCAAGGAUCACUGGAAAUAUGAAGAGUUUGAUGGAAAGGAGGAGAAGAUCAAGGAUCAGGAAGAGGACAAUGAAGAGGAGCAGACUGAGGAGGAACUCCCAAGAAGUGUCAUUGACCAGCUGUUUUGGACACCAGAGAAUCUUCCCAAAAAUGCAUCUAACAGAAUCAACAUUUACAUGGAGAAGGUGCUCCGACCACUGGAAGACUACAUGGCAGACCACAAUCCACUGUACUUGCUGGACCUGGAUGGGAACAAUACACCUGAGGAGCUUCAUUUGGUCGUGAUGUCCAAGCUUGGAUCCAUGGCUGUAAAGCCUGUCUCUGUUCCAGUCCACCUUCAACACCCUGACAUUGAAGACUUGGCAGAAAGUGUUGACAUGGAGGACCUUCUGAGAAUUAUGUGCUCCAUCAAGACAGUGGCCCCAGGCUUUCGGUGGAGGAGGAGUCGCUGGGGCCAAAUAUGUCCUGUUGCACUAAAGGGGGGCAAGAUCAUUCUUGGCAAGCCUGAAUUUUCUGUGGGCUUCCUGGACAAACUAUACAGCCUUUCAUCUCAGGAUGCCUACCAAAAGUUUGUUACAAACCCCAGGCAGUACCUACUACCUCCAAUGCCAAGGCACCCGUGCAAAGUUUCUAUCAUUGGGCCUUCUCAGGCUGGGAAGAGCACCUUAUGUAAUCUUCUAGCUCAGCACUAUGGUGCAGUCAUACUUGACAUCGAUGAGCUCCUGCAGCCAGUUAUGGCCAAGGCUGAACAGGAGACGCUUGACAGAAUCAAAAAGGAGACUACACAGGUUGCUAUAGAGAAAAUCAGAAUGAAGAUGGAGCAAGAUGAUGGACAAAAUUUGGUGACAGAGGAUCAUCCAGAGGUACAGGCCAUGGUGCUUGGUGCUGUUGAGGAAGCUAAACAAUCCAGUACAUCUCCCUUUGACCUGUAUGCUGAGGUGCUCGAGAAGCGUAUAAAGGAGAUUGAAGAAGUGGACUCAGAUGCUGGGACCAAAACUGGGUGGGUGCUUGACAACUUUCCUAAAAGCCUUUCCCAGAUGGAAGUCUUACAACAAGCUGGAAUUAUGCCAGACAUGAUCAUCUGUCUCAGAGACAGUGGUGGACAUCAAGUUUUGAAAAGAGUUUAUGAGAUGAAUAAGGAGGACGUGAACAAAGCCAUAAGGGGGAGGUUACAAGAUGAACAAUUUCAGAAGAAGGAACAAGUCUUGAAGCAAAAAGAGCAUGAAUCAGAGGCACUGUCAAAUCUAGAAACAGUUAUUGAAGAGACAGAUGAAGACCCUGAGCAGUUUGAUGUCACCAGUCCUGCAGAACGUGACUUAAAAAAACCAGCUAUGGCGCUUCUUGAAGAUUGGGAAUUUGGCUACCCAGACGGCCCUGAAAUGAAUGAGUAUAAACUGAAAAUACAACAGUUUGAGGAGGAGUGGGAGCAGAUGCAGUCUGUUUUAACAGACACCCACUUUGUGCUGGAGAUUGACAGCAAAACCCCGGAAAACCUGCUUCAGGAGAUCCUUCAACAGAUGGAAAAACCCUUCCAGUAUGUGUCCUGGGAGUUUUCUGUGUUAGACAAAGAUGAGGGGGCAGAAGAUAUUGAGGCCUUAGCGGAGCUUGAGAGAGCAGAGGAAGGCAACAGUGAGAGUUUUGCAUCAGAGGAAAAGGACAUCACAUCUAAGAGAAUAUUAGGCGAUACCAAGCAUUUUUGCCCUGUUGCCUUAAAAAACCACAACAUCCUGUGGCCAUGUUCAGAUGAAAUAGCUGCUAAGUACCGUGAAAAGACCUACUUCUUGUCCAGCCAGGAUGCCAGAGACUCCUUCCUUCAAAAUCCUGCACAGUUUGUUGCACAGGACAAACCUCUUAAGCCUCCUGCCUUGAGAAUAUUUUUGCUGGGCAACAGAGGGUCAGGCAAGACAACUCAUGGUGCAUGGUUGGCACAGCAACUUGGACUCUUUCACAUUCAAUUCAGGGAGCUGCUCCAAAUGCUGAUCAUGGCCAAGACAAAGAAGCAAGUACCUUAUGCAGAUGAGUAUAUGUCUCUAGAAGAUGAUUCUGCAUAUUUGGAGACCCAAAUACAAAAAGCCAGACAAGAACUCGAGAAUGAGACGGAGGAUAACUCUCACAACAUGGAUGGCGUGGAGCAGGAAGUGGAACUUACUGAAAACGAAAUGGCCAUAAAAGCAUACCUCUCCGGUGAAGCUCCCCUGAGUCCAAUAAUCCUGGAUAUGGUUAUUCUACUAUACUGGAAACAAGAACCAUACCUAUCCACAGGCUUCAUUUUGGAAGGCUUCCCUCAUGAUGCUGAGGAGAUACAGUACAUGGUGCAGAAACAACUUUUCCCUGAUGUUAUUGUAGUCAUGGACGUGGAUGUUACAGAUGUUCAGAAGCGUCUGUUGCCAACCUACCUUAAAAAGUGGCAUGCUCUUCAGGACAAGCAAAAAGCACAGUUGAAACUCCUUCAGGAUCUACGCAAGAAAAAUCGGGAGGAGAAAAUGUCCAAAAGAAGAGCUGAACUCAUGGCAGAGCAAGGCCCUAUGGAAGCAAAAACCAAUUUUAGGUAUCAGGCUGAAGAUGACGAGGAUCCAGAUAACAUAGAAGACAAAAUAGAGGCCAUACUGGAGGAGGAGUUUUCUGCAGAAGAGGAUGAUGAAGAGAUUGUGAAUGAGACCACAGAUGAAAUUACUGAGAGGCUAGAGAUGGAAAUAAAUGAACGCUUUCAAACUGAUGAAAACAUCCUUAUAACUGUGAUGGAACUCCUGAGUGAACAUAAUAUACCCAAACUAGAAGUCAGUGCAUCUCGCAAACCCCAAAUAAUUCAGAAUCAGCUGCUCCAGAAAGUUCAGCCCCUCCUGACGAACAGGGAGUCACUCUUCCAAACAUGCCAACCCAUCACUUGCAGCCUGGCACAUAAACUUCUGCUGUCCUCCUACAAGUUUCACAGUACCUUUGGCUUCAGGGACCCUGUCCAGCAAUACAAAGAGAGAGAUGUGAUUCAGCCUCUACAGUGGCCUCUCAACACCACAUAUCCCCUCCUCUUCAAUCGGUAUAUUUACUUCUUUGCAUCCAUGGAAAACCGCAACAGGUUUAUGCUCAACCCCUUAAAGUAUCUUCGUCAACAAAAGCCUAUUCUUACACUACCUAUGAAUAUGGCAGUCACUGGACCUCCCAAAUCUGGAAAAACCGCUGUGGCACAAAUGUUUGCUCAAAAAUACGGCUUGGCUCGGCUGUCCAUUGGUGAAGCAAUGCGUACAGUGCUGAACAGUCAGGGUCACACCGAUCUGGCUGUUCAAAUGAAAAGACUUCUCACCCAGGGCUGUGUUGUGCCUGAUGAAUUGGCCAUUCAGUGUCUGGAGGUAGUACUCAUGAGCGCAGUCUGCAGCACUCGAGGGUAUGUUCUGGAUGGCUUUCCAAUGACUCUUGGGCAGGCAAAACUGAUGACUUCUCGGAGCAUCAUCCCCAUGAUAGUAGUUGAGCUUGAGCUGGGUAUAGUGGAAGUGCUGAAGAGAGGCCAUGUAGACGAGAUGAACCCUAACAAGUCUCACCUGAUGCAUGACAGCUCUGAGAUCCUCCAGAUUAGGAAUUCCUGUUACAAGAAGGAGGUGGAGUAUGUAAGGCAUUACUUCCAACAGCAACAUCAGAACUGGUUCAUCUUUGAUGGCUUAAAGAGCAAAUGGUGGAUCUGGAACCAUGUUUUAAAGGAGGUCAGCACCAGCUUGAAAAUGAUCCACACUUACCUGGAGAGGAGGAAAAGUGGCAAAGCAGCCUCCAUCAACAGGCUGUGUAUCACACCCAACAAGCUUAACUGUGGGCUUGGAGAGUUUGGCCACCACUGCCUCGUCUGUCUGGCUCUACAUCACCACCUGGUGGAUUGCUCAGAAUCCACAGCCUUGACUCAUGCAGCUGAGUACAAGGGACACUAUUACAAAUUGUGUGGUGAAAACCAUCUAGAGAAAUUCCUGUCAGCUCCUUAUCAGUUUGUGACGCCUGGCUGCCCACACACCCUCCCACAACCCCACAUGCUGCCAAAAAAGCUGACCGAGAUUCAGGUCAGGGACAGGUUCCCACAGCAGGCUGAAAUGAAAGGUUUUUGUCCUGUUACUUACCUGGAUGGAAACAGGAGAUAUGAAGCUCUGGUUCAAGGAAGGAUGGAAUAUGCUGUGGAAUACAGGGAACGAAUCUACAUUUUUGAGACAAGCCAGAAACGGGACAGGUUUUUGAGAGCUCCUGAAAUCUACUGGGAACAGAAACUGCCCAAUAAAGUACCACCUCUUUGUGAGCCUGUGCCCCUCACCUCCCUACCAAUUCAGGGCUAUCUAGAACAGGGAAUCUCAGUACCAGUGAUCAAGGCCCUGACUGCUGCUGGGCGUCUCAAACCAAAGUAUCCCUUUCUCAGUGCCCAAAGAUCAGCUGUCCUCUAUGUAGCCUUAUAUUUGAAAGCUUUCAACAACAAGAGUACAGACUAUACCCGCCAUAUGUACAGAAAGAAGCUUGCCGCUUUUGAAGAAAACUGUGCACUCAUUCCUUACCUGAGCUCAGAAAUGAGAGGGAACUACAAACCUCCCAGUGAUCGUCCCAUUGAUUUUGAGUUCAAAAUGAAAAGGUUUCUGGCAUUGGGAGUCUUGGGAGCUGGUGUUUUGUAGUUUUUUGUCCUGUUUUGCACAACUGAGCACAGUCUGUUAUUGUAUUUUAUAUGGCAAGCUGUUGUGAACAUAAACAAAUAUGAUGUAAAAGUUACUGUUGUGAUCUCUUUAAAAUGUGUAAUAAAGCAUUCAUAGUCUGAGAAACUUAAUUUUGCUUGGAUCUUUUUU